CCGAGCGGCAUCUCUCCACGCCGGACGCCCAGCACCACGCAGCGGACUCCUCAAGCGGGGCCUGCUCCACCGGCCUCGUGCCGCGCACCUGCAUGAAACGCGCACACCUUCGCUACUAAAGACAUGCAUCGGCCGGUGGUUACAGAAACGCCUGCCCACCACCAGCUGAAGCAAGGCCCUCUCCGCCGACCUCGUGGCGCGAUCCCAUACGCCGUCGCCGCAAAAGACAGACCGCCGCGGGCCUGCCCACCACCUUCGGCCAGGCAAGAGCCCAGCAGUGCCGCAGCGACGGCGCAGCGGCAGCGCGAGGCCCGACCAUCCCCGCUGCAGAGGACGGGCUCAUGCGCCCCCGAUGGGCGAAUCUGUAGUUACCCUUACCCCUUGCUGCCACCAGCCCUGACGACUCGGGGCGCAGAGAGAGAGAGAGAGAGAGAGAGAGGAGGGAGGAGGAGGAGGGCUGGGAGAGGGAGGAGGGUGCGAUGGCCGCGGAGCUCGCGAGGCUGCCGAGGCCGAGGGCUACAGGCGCCCGGGCCCAGCACACCGCGACUGCUCGGCGGCCGGUCGCCUCGGCCCCGCGAAAAAGGCAUCUCGGAAUAUUUCCGCGUCUGCAGCGCGGCUGGCACCGCCCCGACCCCUGCCCGUGUCUCAAGCGUCAUGUUUCCUCUCCAUUGCUCGUCCUCCACGACGCUGCUGCACUCGAAAGACAGAACUACGAGGCCACGCAAGGCUCCCACCGACUUGCUGCCAAGUGCGCCUAGCGGCGGAGGCCCGCCCCGAGCGCGGCGAGCCCCGCGGGCCCCCUCAGAGCGCUAGCCGUGCUGCUCGUCCU